GUGCUGCUCAGAUCCAGAACAGCCUCCCCCAUUCUCGCGGUCAGAUUGUACCUAUACAGCCUUGUAUGAAAGGCCCACACUGCCAACAAGACUGGCAGUCGCUGCCGCAAUGUAGGUCUUAACGACUCUGAAGAUGCAGGAGUUUCGGAUACAAAAAGUCAAGGACACCUGGUCUAAAACGACUUCAGCUCAGUUAAGGUUUAAAGUCUAAAAAGUAGCGGUCCAGUUGCAGCAACGCGCUUUAUUUGGGACUGAAAGUGAGCCAAUAUGCCGAGAUGAGAGCUUCUUCUUCCCGACUCUCCAGCUUCCCCUCCCGGGACUCCCUCUUGAGCCGGAUGCCGGAUCAGAUCUCGGUAUGCGAGUUCCUGUCGGAGACCACAGAGGACUACAAUUCCCCCACCACGUCCAGCUUCACCACACGCCUGCAGAGCUGCAGAAACACCGUCACCGUGUUGGAGGAGGCUUUAGACCAGGACCGCACUGCCCUACAGAAGGUCAAGAAGUCAGUGAAAGCUGUCUACAACUCUGGCCAAGACCACAUCCAGAACGAGGAGAACUACAGCCAGGCUCUGGAUAAGUUCGGCGGGAACUUCAUGAGCCGGGACAAUGUUGACCUGGGGACCGCCUUCAUCACCUUCUCAGGCCUCAUCAAGGAGCUGUCAGUGCUCCUCAAAAACCUGCUGCAGAGUCUCAGUCAUAAUGUCGUCUUCUCCUUGGAUUCUCUGUUGAAGGGAGACCUGAAGGGUGUGAAAGGGGACAUCAAGAAACCCUUUGACAAGGCCUGGAAGGACUAUGAGACAAAGUUCUCUAAGAUAGAGAAGGAGAAGAGGGAACAUGCUAAGCAGCAUGGUAUGAUCCGUACAGAGAUCACCGGAGCCGAGAUCGCUGAGGAGAUGGAGAAGGAGAGGAGACUGUUCCAACUGCAGAUGUGUGAGUACCUCAUCAAGGUGAAUGAGAUCAAAACCAAAAAGGGGGUGGACCUGCUGCAGAACCUCAUCAAGUAUUACCACGCUCAGUGCAAUUUUUUCCAGGAUGGUCUGAAGACGGCUGAUAAGUUGAAGCAGUACAUUGAGAAACUGGCAACCGAUCUGUCCAACAUCAAGCAGAGUCAAGACGAGGAGAAGAAGCAGCUGACCGCGCUCAGGGAACUCAUCAAGGACUCCCUGCAGCUGGAGCAGAAGGAGGACUCCCAGAGCAGACAGGCUGGGUACAGCAUGCACCAGCUUCAGGGGAACAAGGAGUUUGGCUGUGAGAAGAAAGGCUACCUCUUAAAGAAAAGUGAUGGGAUAAGAAAGGUCUGGCAGAGGAGGAAGUGCUCCGUCAAGAGUGGGAUCCUUACCAUCUCCCACGCAACAUCUAACAGGCAGCCUGUAAGACUGAACCUGUUGACCUGUCAGGUGAAACCAGGCGGGGAUGACAAAAAAUGCUUUGACCUCAUUUCCUAUAACAGAACGUACCACUUCCAGGCGGAGGAUGAGCAGGAGUUUGUCAUUUGGAUCUCGGUGCUGACCAACAGUAAGGAGGAGGCGCUGAACGUGGCGUUCCAGGGGGGAGGCGCUCAGAGCACGGCGGGGGACAGCUCCAUGGAGGAGCUGACCCGGAGUGUCAUCGAGGAGGUGCUCAGGAUGCCCGGCAACGACUCCUGCUGUGACUGUGGAGCGGCAGACCCCCGCUGGAUCUCCACCAACCUGGGGGUGGUUACCUGCAUCGAGUGCUCGGGCAUCCACAGGGAGAUGGGCGUCCACGUGUCCCGGAUCCAGUCCCUGGAGCUGGACAAGCUGGGCACCUCUGAGCUGCUGGUUGCUAAGAAUGUUGGGAACAGUAGUUUUAAUGAGAUCCUGGAAGGAAACCUUCCCUCGGCAUCCGCUAAGCCCAGCCCGUCCAGCGACAUGUCUGUGAGGAGGGAGUACAUCAACGCCAAAUACAUCGACCACAAGUUCACCAGGCGGACCACUGCCAUGGCGACGGGCCGGGUGGCGGAGGUGUACGAUGCGGUGCGCUCUCGAGACCUGCUGUCACUCAUCAAGCUGUACGCAGAGGGGGCGGAGCUAUUGGAGCCACUGCCCGACGCUGAGAAGGAGUCUGGAGAGACCGUUCUUCACUACUGCGUUAGGACCUCGGACCACACUUCCCUCCACCUGGUUGACUUCCUGGUCCAGAACAGUGGUAAUCUGGACCGCCAGACGGAGAGCGGGAACACGGCGCUCCACUACUGCUGUCUGUACGAGAAACACCAGUGUGUCAAGCUGCUACUGAGGGGCAAACCUGCCAUUGACAUCGCCAAUCAGAGUGGUGAGACGGCUCUGGACAUUGCCAGGAGACUGAGGAAUGGCCAGUGUGAGGAACCGCUGCUGGAGGCUGCUUCUGGCAGGUUUAAUCCUCACGUCCACGUGGAGUUUGACUGGAACCUCCGCAUGGAGGAGCUGGACGACAGCGAUGACGAGCUGGACGACAAGUGUAGUCCAGUGAAGAAGGACCGCUCCCCCCGCCCUCAGAGCUUCUGUCAGAGCUUCUCCUCCAGCGGGUCCUCACAGGAUAAACUCGGUCUCCCAGGAGGCUUUGCCCCCCACCGGGACAAGCAGCGGCUGUCGUACGGCGCCUUCGCUAACCCUGUGUUCAGCAGCUCCACCGACAACCCUCCCUCCCCCGGGCCCGACUCAGGGACCCCGGCCCCCGUCAGGAACCUGGGGAAAGGUAUCCCGGCUGACCCGCCCACCUCGCUGCCUCUUAACUCCGCCCCCUGUGGAACAGCAGGUGGAAGCUCCACCCUCAAGAAGAGACCUCCACCACCCCCACCCGAACACAAGCGCACUAUGUCCGACCCCCCCAGCCCUGUGAUGCAAGGUCACCACAGCAAGGGAUGUGACUUCACUCCCUCAACAGGAAGUGACUUCUCCCAGACAGGAAGCAGAAGCUCACCUGGUAACAAGUUUGAGGGACACCAGCAGCAGCAAAGCACCAACACUAGCAACACAAAGUCCACUCUGGGACCACGGGUUCUUCCCAAACUACCUCAGAAAGUGGCUCUAAGGAAGAUCGACACAGUCCACCUCCCGUCGUUGGACAAGUCCUCGCAGCCCACCCAGAGGCCCUCCCCCUCGCCCUCCGACCCCGCCCAGAAGUCCCCGCCCUUCAUCGACGCCUCCCCGAAGCCCCCCCCCACGCCCGUCGACUCAACCCAGCAGAGACUCCCAUUGGCCGAGAAGCCCUCGCUGGCCGACCUGCCGCCCAAACCCCAACUGAAGGACCUGCCCCCCAAGCCCCAGCUGGCCCAGCGACCCCGGCUCUCCGGCCCGCCCCCUCACGCCGCCGUUACCACGGAGACGGCGAGCUCCGGCGGGAAUGACAGCAAGUCUGUCCAGCAGGGGGAGCCGGAGGAGCAGGAGACCAACGGAACCACGUCGGACGCCGUGGAGACGCCCAUCCCUCUGCCACGCAAACUCAACACGGGCAAGGCCAAGACGCGCCGCGUGAAGACCAUCUACGACUGCCAGGCGGACAACGACGACGAGCUGACCUUCGCCGAGGGGGAGGUGAUCGUGGUGACAGGGGAAGAGGACCAGGAGUGGUGGAUCGGGCACGUCGAGGGCUACCCGGAACGCCGCGGCGUCUUCCCCCUGUCCUUCGUCCACAUCCUGUCAGACUGA